CAGAAGCAGCAGCAGGCAGAGCUGUAUACUGACAGACCAUUCUCUGCAUUAACUCUGACUGCACCAUGGCUCGGAUACUGAAAACCUUUAGCAUCCUUCUGAGGAGAGAAAGGACCGCUCGAACCAUCACUGCCAUCACCAGCCGAACGUGGAGCAAGCCAAGGAUGGUACAUACCGAUUUGGGUUCCCUUACAAGAUAUGAUGAGACCACCACUUCCACAGAUUGGCAGAAGAAGCUCACUCCUGAACAGUACUACGUCACACGAGAAAAGGGAACAGAACUGCCUUUCAGUGGGAUCUACCUGAACAACACAGACGAAGGGACUUACCACUGUGUUUGCUGUAAUUCUGUACUGUUCAGUUCUGACAAGAAGUACAAUUCUGGGACUGGCUGGCCUUCUUUUUCAGAAGCCUAUGGCACCCAAGGGACUGAUGAAAGCAAUACGAAUAUAUUGAGGCGACCAGAUAAUUCUCUUGGAUGUACAGGAACUGAAGUCAUCUGCAAAGAGUGCGAUGCUCACCUUGGUCAUGUCUUUGAAGAUGGUCCUGCUCCUUCUGGUCAAAGAUUCUGUAUUAACAGUGUUUCCCUGACCUUCAGACCGAGCUAAACUGCAUGAUUUCAUCUUCCUUUGUAUUGUAUGCAAUUCUGUUUUUGUUUUUAUUUUUCAGUUGUGGUUUAUCCCAGAACUUUUUAAUGUAGCUUAAUGACCAGUAGUAUAAUCUUACAGCAUAUACAGUUUCUCACAAAAGUGAGUAAACUCCUCACAUUUUUGUACAUAU